UCAUUUUGCACAGUCAACCUAUCCUUAAACCCCAUCCUUCUCUAUUGUACCAAAAAAAAAAAAAAAAAACCCCAUCCGUCUCUUCAAUGGGUUCCAUCAACUUCAACCCUUUCGGAGGAAACUGGUUCUCAAAGCCCCCAAACCCUCUCCCUCUCCUCAACCUCAACCUCAACAACAUCCUCACUUUCUCCGAACCCUUUUCCUCAACCUCCCCGAACUUCGCCGCCAUCGGUCUCCCCAACAUCUUCCGAAGAAAGCCGAAGAAGAAACCCGUUUCCGACGACGAACCUGGUCCGUACACUAAGUUGGCGCACCAGUUCUUCUGGGAAUGCGAGAACCGACCCGAUCACAGGCACACCCCAGAAGUGGAAAAGAUCCUAAACGAACACCCAGUUUUCGAGAAGAGAGAGAACGCAACUGAGGAAGAGAUAAAGGAGAACGAGGAGAUGUUGGAGAAGCUGAAGAACAGUCCCGUGGUGCAGUUUUUGCUUAGGGCAGAGGAAAUUGCUGAUAAGAUAAACGAGAUGGAGUUGAAGGAGAAUGAGAAGCCUUACCACAAGGAAGAUUGGGAUCUUUGGAAGAAUGUUCCGAAUGUGAUUGGGCUUGAUGGAAGGCCAAUGCCGAGGAAGGCUUUGAAGACUAAGGAAGAAGCUGAUGAUAAGUUUUGGGAUUUUGCUAGACAGUUCUUUUUUGGCCUUUGGGGUUUUAGGCAAAGGCCUUACCCUCCUUGUAAGCCUAAUGAUGCUGCUCAGUCAAUUGGGUAUAAGAACCUUGAGAGGCGCUACUAUGAUUUUAUCAUGAGGAGUGGUGGAUUUUACUAUAAGGAUCGGCUGGGUCGUACACGAGGACCGUUGGAGUUAAUUACACUUAAAACUGCGUGGGCUGGUGGCAUUAUUGAUAAGAACACUUUCAUUUGGGGCGAGGAUAUGGAUGAAUGGGCACCCAUCCACAUGGUUUAUGGAAUGGAGCGUGCAAUCGCUACCUGGGAAGUUAGACUUGCUGCUGGAGCAACAGCUUUCCUUCACAAACUACAAAAAGGUAUACCACCAUGGGUUCCUCUUAAGGGAUUUGAAGAGAAGACUUAUAAGCAGCUUCAAGAAGAGGCUUAUGAAAACAGGAGACGUGAUUUAGCAGUGUUGGAAGCUAAUGAUGGUAUUUGGCCUGGAGUUAGAAUUCCAAGUCAUGCCUUAUUUCUUUGGGCUAGUGGCUCUGAACUGACCACUAUUUUGGAAGAGGAUCAUAUGCCCAACAAAUACAUUCCCAAACAUCUUAGACAGAAGUUGGCUGAAAUGAUUCCAGGGUUGAGGCCGUGGGAAGUUCUGAGCAUAGAACAAGCAAUGGAUCAAAUAACAUUUAAUGGUGAGUGGUACCGUGAGCCACUUGGUUCAUUUUCCACUGGUCCCCCAUACAUGAGGCACUGGAACAAAGACGUCAUGGAUUUGUAUAAGAUGUUCGAAGAUCUUAACACAGAGUUGUACGAAAAAAUGGAGAAGUCACUUCCUGGCUUUGAUAAAAUUAUGACAAAGGUCCAGCAUGAUUUUUAUACAAGAAUUGAGAAAAAGUUGGAGAAGAAAGAGGCAGAGAAAAGAGAGGCCCGCAAGAAAGCUGGGUUGUCCAAUCGUGAAUGGCCUAGACCAUUCCCAUAGCAUUAUUUCUGACAUGAUUUCUGCAGAUCUUAUGGGUUUGUGCUGGUUGUUAAUAUCUGAAUAAUUCAUCAAAUAUACUACAACAGGUUGGUUUUGUUUGUUUUUUUGACUACUGGCUAUUACAACAGCAGGUCUUUGGUUAGGUGCUUAACUCUCUACUGCAGAAGAGGAAGAGAGAAGAGACGGGGGAAUGGAAGAAGAGACUAAAAUAGGAAAAAAGUUGUAAUUGUUGCUUUUUCCAAGUUUAUAGUCGAGUACAGGUAUUGUUCCAGCUUAUUGGUAGAACUUGUUGAUGGUUAUCCUUAAUUGAUGCCAAUCACAUAUUUGAAAUAUAACUAAUUGAGAUAAAUCAGUCUCUUAUUAUUGCCAAUUGCUAGCCUUACCAUAAUAGGAAUAUG